CUAACGCGGGCGUGGUGGAGCCGUCGCGGGUGUUGCCCUGCAGGUACAACACGGUGGCCGAGUCCCACAGAGAACAGAAAAUUAUUUCUGGACAGUUCUGUAUUUAAUUUGGUGGAUAACCAUAUAUACCUUUCCUUAACUGACCCCAAGCUGCUGGGUUGGUAUCUCCAUUUGUGUCCAGAAGACAGGAAGAUCAUACAAGAUGACGGAGGGUUUCACCACUUCCUGCAAAGACAUCCGGCCCUAGAGCUGUCUCGGCAUCAUGUUUAUGUGAAGAACACCACUGGAGCCAACAGACCUGCGCAGCCGAUCAUGACAUCCAGCAACCACACGCACGACGCGCAAUCUACAAUGUCAGGAGCAAAGACAAGCAGAUCUGAAAUGCCUCAUGCACAUCGCGACAUAGAGGUGCUUCCCAAUUUGAGAGAGACAUUGACCCUGCUUGGCUGUAGCAACAGUGGGGAUGCAUCACAAAAACAUCCGCAUGAGGGAGUCUGCCACACCAAACAGCAAAUCCGCCUGCAAGACCGCUUCCUAACAGCCUUUGACAGCCAGAUCCCACAGGAAGCAAACCAUCAGACCGCCCAAACUGUGAUGGGUUCAUCCCAUCUGAGCGAACAAAGGCCAUUAUGGCAGAUGGCGAGCAAUAGCAACAGUGCAGCUGUGUUCAAGGAUCCAGCAACCCUGGCAAGCUUCUCUCUGGACGUGGAGCUGGAAAGAUGCAGACUGGGGGGAAAGCCAGAGCUCAGGAGCCAGACUGCAAUGGCACAAAGCCAGUGUGCUGACUUCACAUAUGCUGAAGUCAGUCAGAUACAGCCAACAAGUGAAAAAGACUCGUCUCUGGAGUACUACAGCUUUGACAGUGUUGCAGUGGAUGGUACAGAGUUCAGUGACAGGAGCAUCAUGCAGCCAGACGAGUUACAACAGGUCGGCUCUCCUUUGGAUCAAGUGGAGGAAAACAGCACAGUGGAACUUUGUCAGGAUCACAUGGUCUGUGGUAACGAGAACACUGCAGAUAAUGAUGGUUUCCGAUGCGUCGAAGAUCAGAGCGACAGCUUCCACAGCAUCAUGAGCGACGAUAAGAGCAUCGUCAUCUGUCUGACCAGCAAAACUGUGAAAGCACACACCACCGGGGUUCACUCGGCUCCUGUCAUCUCUGACAGUGAAGCGCAGGCAGCCAGCAGUGAGACCUUGAAGUCUGAUUCGUCUGCCGUGAAGAUUAACACUGCAGAAACAUCCGCCUCCCCUCUGCCCCGCGCUUCUACCUGUGUCGUUAUGGUCGGCACUGAGCGGGCACCGCGCACGUCAGCUGGCACCCAAACUGAGGAUCCAGAAACAGCAGACAAGCAUGUUAUCACUGAGGUCCACAUGGCAGACCUGGACUAUCUCGCUGAGGAAUUUAUCAAACUCAGCAUGGCUCAGGAGGAACAUAGAGAGCAAAAAGAGAAAAGGAAGAGUUUGGGCUGUUCAUUGACGAAGGACUGUGACUGUAUCCAGCGUGCUCAGCAGGCAGAGCUGCACCUGCUCGCCCUGCAGUACGCCGUGUGCCGACAGCACUGCUGGAGACUCUUCUGCACGUCUGCUGAGGGAGGCCAGCUCCCCCCAACCCCAAAGAACCCUCCUGUCAACAUUUCAAGCGUUCUGCAAAAACUAGACUCCGACUACAGUCAGAUGAGGGAUAAGAUCGUGGCAGGAGUCCCUCUGGAGCAACUUGAGUCUCUGUCUGUUGAUUCUGAGAAGAUUACCACAGGAGCAAGAUACUCCCCUGCACAGAUCAUUGCUGAUGUCCUUGGAGAUGUUCCAACUUGGAGCUCUGAGGAGCAGAAGAAACCUGAAACAUCAGAGCAAAAAUGUUCUGAUAACAAAAGCAGAAGCAGCUGCAGGUCUCAACAGCUUUGGUGUUUGACUCGUCUUAAACAGGUCAAGAAGGAGAACAGCAAACCGAGGAGAGCUGUCACUCUUGUCCCCUGGGACAAAGAUGUUCUCCAUAAAGCAGACAAGCCAGAAGAAAAGCAGACAACAGCUGAAUGCAAUGAGCUCAGCACAUGUGAGGCGUGGUACGAUGCUGAAGAAGACCUGGAGCCCGCAGGAGCUGCAGCGGCUGCCGAGACGGGACAAGAGUCGGACCCAACCGUGAUCGCAAAAGAUGUGACGAACAAAUCAGCCAGCGAGGACGUCAAGAGCUCCGUCCUCUGUGUUUCCAAUCUGCCCGCCAGUGUGACUGACAGUGAUGUGAUGCUGUGGUUUGAGAAAUACCGUCCCUCUGAAGUCAGCAUCAGUGCUUUGAAGAAUGAUUUGAGAGUUGCCAUAGUGAUUUUAAGCGGAGUCCAAUCUGCCGAGGCUGCAGCGAGAGAGCUGAAUGGCUGCUGCGUGCAAGGCCAUGCUUUACAUGUGGAGCACAUCAACAGAGCCCCUGGUGGGAGCCAGAACCAGAGCCAGAACCAGAACCAGAGCCAGGCUUCAGCCUCCAUCAGGGGGCCCGGGUCUUCACGGGAGGCCGCCAAACCACAAAACUCCAGGACUGACUCCAGCUGCACUGACAGAAAGCUGAUAACUCAGCCGCCGCUCAGCUCCGGCAUCAAGAACAGGAAGGUGGUGUGCAUCUCCCCGACAGCGAAGGGAACCUGCGUGCCUCAACACUACGGCACCAUGGGCAGCUUCGACACCCUGAUGGCAGAGCUGACACAGCGCCACCCCGACGUCGCGAGGCAGAGGAUUGUGGACGCUCUGAUGGAGCUGAAGGACAAACACCAGGGCGUCCUCAGCGGCCUGCCGCUCAGGACCAUCAGGGAGAUGACGUCCGAGCUCCUGAGCAGGCAGCCAGCUCCGCGCAGUUAGGAGGAAGCAGUGCUUCAGAUGUUUUCUUUGAAAACUACCUCGACCCCUCGAGUUUUCCUUUAGAACUCAGAUGUUUGACAGAAAGGGGAAAUAGUUCUUCUAAAAGGAAUUAGAAAAAACGUUCUAAAACUGUGUUUUACUUCACCGUAGAGACCAUUCCUUCAAAGUAGCAUCAGAUGGUUUAUUUACCGCUUUUUGUUUUGGAUAUUUGAAAGUUUGAGGGCACACUUCACACAGUGCCUCCUCUGUCAGUUUUUUGGGAGUUACAUGAAAAUGUUAUUAUUUUAAUUUGUUUUUAAUCAGAGUUUAUACAGAUUUCUGGUAUGGUGUUGAAGUUAAAGUUGUUCACAGAGCAUCUUUGGUUGUAUUUUAUGUCGUCUGUAAGUGAAAAGGAUAUUUUCCUUACGUUAGCUUUGUUCUGCUCAAUGUCAGCUGCUUUCUGUUUGAUUCA